AUGACCUGAAUGCGGGUGCGGAGGAAUAUCAACAAUAAGGGCCGUGUGACAGUCGGUUCACUCGCUGCUGCUGACGGCUGUAAUGUCUGCGUCGUUAUUACAGUGAUUGUUGAGUUUGGUCCUUCACACCAUCAGGACAGAUUGAGUAUUCUCUCCCUGUGAGGUUUUCAGCAUGGCGGCCGACGUCCACAGUAAAGGAGUGACGUGGGACACUCCAAACGGAAGCCUGGCACCGGUGGGGUAUCUUCCCAACAGUAGAUCGGAGAGUCCCACUCCGGGGCUGGUGGAAGGGACGGAGCCCGGUGCGAGUCAGGAGCGUGCCAUGUUCGUUCACACGCAGUCUUUCGAGGACCUGACGGCUGACGUGGAGCUGACUGGCAGCCGGAGCGCUGAGACCGAGGAGGUGGAGGAGAAAGAGGAAGAACAGCAGCGAGGAGAAGACAAAGAAGAUGGAGCAGAAGGGGGAGGAGAAGGUGAAGGUGAGGAGGAGCCGAAGCAGGAAGUGCAGGCAGUAGUGCGGGAGAAGGAGGAAGACGUGACGAGCGAAACGUGGCGUUUGCACAAGAAGCACGUGUUCGUCCUGAGUGAAGCCGGGAAGCCCAUUUACACACGCUACGGCUCAGAGGAGGCGCUCUCCACCACCAUGGGGGUCUUGAUGGCGCUGGUGUCCUUCGUAGAAGCCUCUAAGAACGUCAUACUCUCCAUCCAUGCAGACGGUUUCCGUGUAGUGUUCCUGCGUAAGAGUCCACUGGUGUUGGUGUGUGUGUCUCGCACGGGUCAGUCAGACGGUGAGCUGUGGAGAGAGCUGCACUACGUCUACUAUCAGAUCCUGAGUCUGCUCACUCUGCCUCAGCUGCAGCGCGUCUUCCAGCAGCGUCAGAGCUUCGACCUGCGCCGACUGUUGGCUGGAUCUGAGCGCGUUACCGCAGGGCUGCUGCGUCUGCUGGAGACGGACGCGGGGCUGAUGCUCAACGCCACCAUGAGCUUGCCACUCUGCAGCACCACGCGCAACAUCGUCUGCACCAGCCUGCAGGCGGCCAGCUCCAAGAACCUGAUCUUCUCCGUCUUGCUCGCCGGGAACCGACUCGUUGCUCUGAUCAGGAAGAAGGAGCAACACCUCCAUCACACUGACCUUCACCUGCUGUCCAACCUCGCCGCCUCGUCCUCGUCCUUCAGGCAAGGGGAAGCCUGGACACCGGUCUGCCUGCCCAAGUUCAACGCUUCUGGCUUCUUUCACGCACACAUCUCCUACCUGGAGCCGGCGUCUGAUCUCUGUCUGAUUCUGGUCUCCACGGACAGAGAGGACUUCUUUAACCUGUCUGACUGCAAGCAGCGUUUUCUGGAGCGGCUGAAGAAGCGUAAUGCCUACCAGACCCUGCAGGAGGCCCUGAUCUCACCCACCUACCCCGCCUCACAGGUGGGCAUCCCCGAGCUCUGGCACUUCGUCUACAAGUCCAAAAGCUCUGGGCUUUACACCAGCCCGGAGCUGACUGUGCCGUAUCAUACUGAAGAGGAGCAGGAGAGGUUGAUGGAGUUGUACCGGUACCUCCACAGUCGCCUGCACCACCCGACACGACCCCUGCGUUCCAUCUACCGCUGUACCAACACCGAGAACCUGCUGGCUUGGUCCACCAGCGGAUUCGAGCUCUACCUCUGCUUCAGUCCUCUGGCCACAAAAUCUCUGGCCAUGUCGGCCGUCACCAAGUUGCUGAAGUGGAUCAGGAAGGAGGAGGACCGCCUCUUUAUCCUCAACUCACUCACGUACUGAUACUCAUCUCGAGGACGGGAGAGGAUCUGACGCCUCUGGACCACUGGCACUGUGCUGGAGCUGCUGGUGGGAUCUUCUGCACCACCCGGGGGACGGAUACACAGGAACCGACUCGUAUCCUUCAGCGUGAGCUUCACUCAGCAGAGAUAAGUGAGCUGUAUGAGGCUCUCUAUCACCGAACAUCAGUGACCAUAUCUCUCACACACACACAUACACACACACACACACACACACACACACACACACACAGAGAUACUAUCUACACAGCACUUCAACCCAAAUUAAAAUUAACAAAAAAAACACUAAUGUCCCAUUAAAGGAGCCAUAUGUAACAUCUAGUCGCAUAACAUAGGGCUACAUCUCGGACAUAAAGAAAGGGUUCAGAGUUUCCUGGUUAGUUACCAGUAUUAAAAAUCAAGGUGCUUUUUAGAGCAGUGCCAUAGAAGAACCAUUUAGCUUCCCAAAAGAACCUCACAGCCUCUGAUGCUUUCGUCUCUUUAAAAAAGUUCACGGUAGAACCAAGAACUUUAGUAACGGUCCAUGAGUAUAAAGGUUCUUAGAUCGUUUUAGGUUCUUUGAUGUUUUGACACCGUUCACCACGUAUUUAACGAAUUGCACUGGCGCUAAAGCUAAUGUAGCUAAAGAUUGUAUUUUUUUUUUUUAACCCAAUUAUCCAGCAGAUCUUUACUUAACGUCUUUAUGCGCCUUCAUCUUAGCUCGAAGCGAAUCUAACGUAGUCGUGGCUGAUGGACUGUUUUUGAGGGAAUUUUGUCAAGUUUUUCGUCCUUCGUUCUUCUUUUUUAGGACCCGUCACUGUUCUGACCUACACUGAUGCGUCGGAACGAUUUUAUAUAAAGUCAGUAAGACACCAGAAAAGAUAAGACCUUUUAGUUAAUGGUUAAAAACAUGGACUUUCUUUACAUCUUCUUCGAUCUUCUUUACUUGAAAUGUUUGUUGUUUGUUGUGUGAUCAACAGUAACACGUUUACGGCGAGUUUAGAGAACUCAUUAACAUAUUAUAGAUUAAUCCUCAGCACAGCGCUGCUUUAAUAAUAAUCUCUACCCAGUAAUCCAGUAAGCGUUGGUUCAUCAUGUUAACGGUUUGUAACGAUGGACGAUAUGGAAAUCAGGCCCUUCCUCAGCCUGACUCUAAAAUAUCAUUUACUGCUCCUUUAAACCUCGGAACAUUCGGCUCCAUGACGUGGUUUAAAGGCCGGCGAGCGCCGACGAGCGCUAAUCUGAACCUAUUUUUGUUUAUUUGUUUGUUUGGAUCUAUACUGACUGUAAUUAUUCAUUUACAUGUAUGGAAGAUAAUUAAGGUCUUAAAAUAGCUUCCUGUUGGGGGGAUUUGUGACCCUUACAUGACCGUAUUUGGUGUGUAAAUAUCCGACGGUACACACAACUGUUGAUUAAAUGCUAUGAGCUUAUGCUAAAAAGUGAAUAAAUAACAUUCCUGUU